ACAAUGGAAAUAUGUCUCCACUAGAUGUCAGGCCGUCCACAGAGCACGGGCUGCGUUCCUUCUGGUCGCCAGGUGGCGCCUCUGCAGCGCAAGUAUCCCUUCUCCUCAAUCAUCGAAACAACAAACCGAACAGAGCAAGCGGGGUAAAGAGAGUCCAAAACCGCCUCUGACCGCCACUUUCAAACUCAUCUGAGAAAUAGCCAAGAAAAAAUACAACAUCGAGCCCCGAAACCAUUUAAAAUCUGCCGAAGGUCGGGAGCGUGUCGGGGCUGAUAUCAACGACAGGGUCGUUCAUCUGAAACGCAUCUCAGAGUUGGCUGGUGUGGUUUAUGAAGAGUGGAAAUCAUUACUAAGUUGAGCUGGUCCAGAAGAUGUUAAAGAAAUGAUAGCAGCACCAGAAUUGCAAGCAGAGUUUCAUUUCCCUCAGGAAACCGACACACACUUCUCUUCUGACACGGACUUUGAUGAUCCCGAUGGCAGGAAUGCAAGUGUGGGAAAAGGAAAGACUGUUAAGAAGGGGAAGAAGGCCCCUGGAGAAAAGGGGAAGGGCGGUGGCACAGGGAAGGGCGGAGGCGUAGGCCGCAUUAACGGGCACCACCAGGAGAACGGCAUGGAGAACAUGAUGCUGUUCGAGGUGGUGAAGCUUGGCAAGAGCGCCAUGCAGACUGUUGUUGACGAUUGGAUUGAAUCCUACAAGCAUGACCGAGACACAGCACUUCUGGAUUUAAUCAACUUCUUCAUACAGUGCUCUGGCUGCAAAGGGGUUGUCAGCGGAGAAAUGUUCAGACACAUGCAAAACUCUGAAAUCAUUAGGAAGAUGACUGAGGAGUUUGAUGAGGACAGCGGGGACUACCCGCUGACCAUAGCCGGGCCGCAGUGGAAGAAGUUUAAAUCGAGCUUCUGCGAGUUCAUCGGGGUCCUGGUGCGGCAGUGCCAGUACAGCAUCAUCUACGACGAGUACAUGAUGGACACGGUCAUCUCGCUGCUCACCGGCCUCUCCGACUCCCAGGUCCGAGCCUUCCGGCACACCAGCACCCUGGCAGCGAUGAAGCUCAUGACGGCUCUGGUUAACGUGGCGCUGAACCUCAGCAUCAACAUGGACAACACGCAGCGGCAGUACGAGGCCGAGAGGAACAAAAUCAUCGGCAAGAGGGCCAACGACCGCCUGGAGCUGCUGCUGCAGAAACGCAAAGAGCUUCAAGAAAACCAGGAUGAAAUUGAAAACAUGAUGAAUGCAAUAUUCAAAGGUGUUUUCGUUCAUCGAUAUCGUGAUGCGAUAGCGGAAAUCCGAGCCAUUUGCAUCGAGGAGAUCGGGGUUUGGAUGAAGAUGUACAGUGAUGCGUUCCUCAACGACAGCUAUCUGAAGUACGUGGGGUGGACCAUGCACGACAAGCAAGGUGAGGUGAGACUAAAGUGUCUGACUGCGCUCCAAGGCCUGUACUACAACCGCGAGCUGAACACCAAGCUGGAGCUCUUCACCAGCCGCUUCAAGGACCGCAUUGUCUCCAUGACGCUGGAUAAGGAAUACGAUGUUGCAGUGCAAGCAAUAAAGCUCCUUACCCUGGUGUUACAUAGCAGCGAUGAAGUCCUCACGGCAGAAGACUGUGAGAGUGUUUAUCACCUUGUGUACUCUGCACACCGGCCAGUAGCUGUGGCAGCUGGAGAGUUCCUCUUUAAAAAACUCUUCAGCCAGCGCGACCCUGAGGAGGACAGCAUGCCUAAGAGGAGAGGCAGGCAGAGCCCCAAUGCCAACCUCAUCAAGACCACCGUUUUCUUCUUCCUGGAGAGCGAGCUCCACGAGCAUGCGGCCUAUCUGGUGGACAGCAUGUGGGAGUGCGCCACGGAGCUGCUGAAGGACUGGGAGUGCAUGAUCAGCCUGCUGCUGGACGAGCCCCUCCCCGGGGAGGAAGCCCUGACGGACCGCCAGGAGACAGCCCUGAUUGAGAUCAUGCUGUGCACCAUCCGCCAGGCUGCUGAGUGCCACCCUCCUGUGGGCAGAGGGACAGGCAAGAGGGUGUUGACCGCGAAGGAAAAAAAAACCCAGCUGGAUGACAGGACUAGAAUAACCGAGCUCUUCUCUGUGGCUUUGCCUCCUCUACUGGCUAAGUACUCAGUAGAUGCUGAGAAGGUGACCAAUCUGUUGCAGCUUCCACAGUUCUUUGACCUCGAGAUUUACACCACAGGGCGAUUAGAAAAGCACCUGGAAUCUUUGUUACGGCAGAUUAGGGAGAUUGUGGAGAAGCACACAGACACUGAUGUGCUGGAGGCCUGCUCCAAGACCUACCACGCCCUCUGCAACGAGGAGUUCACCAUCUUCAACAGGGUGGACAUUGCCCGCAGCCAGCUGCUGGAUGAGCUGGUGGACAAGUUCAACAGGCUGCUGGAGGACUUCCUGCAGGAGGGGGAGGAACCAGAUGAAGAUGAUGCGUACCAGGUCUUGUCCACACUCAAGAGAAUCACAGCUUUCCACAAUGCACACGACCUCUCCAAAUGGGACCUGUUCACCAGCAACUACAAGUUACUUAACACGGGCAUAGAGAACGGGGACAUGCCUGAGCAGAUCGUCAUCCACGCGCUGCAGUGCGCUCACUACGUCAUCCUGUGGCACCUGGCCAAGGUCUCGGAGGGCGUUUCCAAAAAGGAGGACAUGGUGACUCUGAGGAAGCAGAUGAGGGCUUUCUGUUUGAUGUGCCAGCGCUACCUAACAAAUGUGAACACGACUGUCAAAGAACAGGCCUUUACUAUCCUCUGCGAUUUGCUGAUGAUCUUCAGCCACCAGAUCGUCUCCGGGGGUCGCGACACCCUGGAGCCGCUCAUCUACACGCCAGACUCCUCUCUGCAGUCAGAGCUGCUCAGCUUCAUCCUGGACCACGUCUUCAUCGACCAGGAUGACGACAGCAACAGCACAGAUGGACAACAGGAUGAUGAAGCGGGCAAAAUCGAAGCUUUGCACAAGAGGCGAAACCUGCUUGCAGCAUACUGUAAACUGAUCAUUUACAAUGUGGUGGAGAUGAACACUGGGGCGGACAUAUUUAAGCAAUACAUGAGGUAUUAUAAUGACUACGGAGACAUCAUCAAGGAAACCAUGAGCAAAACAAGACAGAUCGAUAAGAUACAAUGUGCAAAAACCCUCAUUUUGAGUUUGCAGCAGCUAUUCAACGAGAUGCUGUCGGACCUCAGCCCUAAUUUCGACCGCUCAUCCUCAGCUUUCUGUGGCAUCAAGGAGCUGGCCCGCCGUUUCUCACUAACCUUUGGCUUGGAUCAGCUGAAAACUAGGGAAGCCAUUGCCAUGUUACACAAGGACGGCAUUGAGUUUGCUUUCAAGGAGCCCAGUCCUCACGGAGAAGGCCACCCUCCUGUCAAUCUGGCCUUCCUGGACAUCUUAAGCGAGUUCUCCUCCAAACUCAUGCGUCAGGACAAGAGGACUGUCCACAUCUAUCUGGAGAGGUUCAUGACCUUCCAGAUGGCCCUGCAGCGGGAAGACUGCUGGCUCCCGCUCAUCUCCUACCGGAACUCCCUGCAGGCAGGAGGGGACGAUGACACGAUGUCUGUCGUCAGCGGCAUCAGCAGCCGCGGCUCCACCAUCAGGAGCAAGAAGGCCAAGCCGGCCACCGGCAAGAGGAAACUGGCUGAAGCAGAGGAGAGCAGCAGUAGCAGCGACAGCAUGUGGCUGAACCGCGAGCAGACCAUGCAGACGCCGGUCAUGAUGCCCUCGCCCCACCUCACCUCCACCGCCAUGAGGGACACCAAGAGGAUACGCCCCGAGGACAGCUACAUGGGGGUGUACGCCCUUCCCCCAGAGCAGCAGCAGCAGCAGCAGCAACAGCAACAGCAGCAGCACCCCCAGCCACCCCAGCCACACCACCACCAGACACCCAUGGACUACAAUACCCAGGUCACUUGGAUGCUGGCCCAGAGGCAACAAGAGGAGGUCCGACAGCAGCAGGAGCGAGCGAUGAAUUACGCCAAACUGAGGAGCAACCUGCAGCACGCCAUUCGCCGUGGCACCGGACUCAUGGAGGAUGAUGAGGAGCCAAUCGUGGAAGAUGUGAUGAUGUCGUCCGAAGGCCGGAUCGAGGACUUGAAUGAAGGCAUGGACUUUGACACCAUGGAUAUUGAUCUGCCACCAUCAAAAAAUCGCCGGGAGCGAUCAGAGCUUAAGCCAGACUUCUUUGACCCUGCUUCAAUCAUGGAUGAGUCGGUCCUCGGAGUUUCCAUGUUCUAAGCUAAUGUGGGAAGGUGUAUGGAAAUAAGAUUUUUUUGUGUGUGUUGUUAAGCCUCUUGAUGCUGUGCAGGUGUGUUCUGUGUGGAGAAUAUUUCUCACACAUAGUCAUGGACUCAGAUGCACCCAGAGGCAGCAUUGCUUGCCCCACAAAGGGGAACUUGUUUAAAAUGAAAAAGAAAAAUAAGAAAAAUCUACUAAAACAUUUACAAUCAUUGGGUAAGCUUUAUCUGUUUACUUACACAGUGGCUGACCAGUUUCGAAAGCUAUAGAAUCUGAGGUUUUCUGCAGCCAUAUAUUGCAAUUUCUUUUAAAGGUGAGGGUAAAUGUCAUCUUUUGUCGAAGGCAUCAUUAACAAUGACCUCCUGGGAUCUUUCAGAAUUGUGGUAUUUUCUAAAAAUGAAACAAAAAAAAAUGGGGAUACACUUUUUUUGUAACUUAAAGAACUUUGUUUAAUGUAUAGCCCUUUUGUAAUAGUAAGUCAUUAGGUGUAAAUUAGUAAUUUAUAAACAGGUUAUUGCUCAUUAUAGUUAAGUAUUGAAAUAUUUUAUUCUUCUGAUCUAUCUGGUGUGUGAAAAAUGGAGGGAAGGCUCCAGUUUUUUUUUCUUUUGUGCUUUGUCCCCUUGUUACUUCCCCCUUCCCCCCACUGACUGUAUCGUGAAACUGAAAGGACCCAAGAGUGCGGUGACCGCUGGGCAGGCUGUGCAUUGAAUCACUGAAACAAGGAAUCCCCAGUAGCUCUGAAGAUUUCCACACAUCGCAGGAGACUCAUUAUGGCGGUACAUGGCAGUAGUCACAAAGCUUACCCAAAGAUUUGAACUGUUUGCCUGUCCUUUUGAGAGACUAAUUACAAAAGCCAGUGGAAACCUCUCCAGUAGUGCCACUGUAUUGUCUAAUUAAAGCAGAGCUUGGUAUAGUAUGUUUGCUGAAAAUAAUUUUCUCUAAACAGAUAUACAGCUUAUUAGAGUGUUGGAAUAGGUAUCUACCUUUUAAAUAAAGUUAUAUAUAAAUUGGUGCUGAUUUUAUAAUUGUGCAGUUAGUUUUUCUUACUUUCGAAUUCCAACCUAAA